GUCAUAUGCAAUCCUGCAUCCACAAAUGAUGUGAUUAUGUUAAUGAUGUGAUAAUGUUUUACAUGAUUAUAGGAAAACAUGUACUAAACAGAUGUGUAGGUUACAAUCAGAGAGGACAACCUCUUUCUCUGCUACAGUGUUGCGCCCUUUCCACUGGGUACAGAUGUGUAGGUUACAAUCAGAGAGGACAACCUCUUUCUCUGCUACAGUGUUGCGCCCUUUCCACUGGGUACAGAUGUGUAGGUUACAAUCAGAGAGGACAACCUCUUUCUCUGCUACAGUGUUGCGCCCUUUCCACUGGGUACAGAUGUGUAGGUUACAAUCAGAGAGGACAACCUCUUUCUCUGCUACAGUGUUGCGCCCUUUCCACUGGGUACAGAUGUGUAGGUUACAAUCAGAGAGGACAACCUCUUUCUCUGCUACAGUGUUGCGCCCUUUCCACUGGGUACAGAUGUGUAGGUUACAAUCAGAGAGGACAACCUCUUUCUCUGCUACAGUGUUGCGCCCUUUCCACUGGGUACAGAUGUGUAGGUUACAAUCAGAGAGGACAACCUCUUUCUCUGCUACAGUGUUGCGCCCUUUCCACUGGGUACAGAUGUGUAGGUUACAAUCAGAGAGGACAACCUCUUUCUCUGCUACAGUGUUGCGCCCUUUCCACUGGGUACAGAUGUGUAGGUUACAAUCAGAGAGGACAACCUCUUUCUCUGCUACAGUGUUGCGCCCUUUCCACUGGGUACAGAUGUGUAGGUUACAAUCAGAGAGGACAACCUCUUUCUCUGCUACAGUGUUGCGCCCUUUCCACUGGGUACAGAUGUGUAGGUUACAAUCAGAGAGGACAACCUCUUUCUCUGCUACAGUGUUGCGCCCUUUCCACUGGGUACAGAUGUGUAGGUUACAAUCAGAGAGGACAACCUCUUUCUCUGCUACAGUGUUGCGCCCUUUCCACUGGGUACAGAUGUGUAGGUUACAAUCAGAGAGGACAACCUCUUUCUCUGCUACAGUGUUGCGCCCUUUCCACUGGGUACAGACAUCAGUUCAACGUCGUCUUGAUUUACAUUUUGUUGAGUUGUCAACUAACGUGAAAUCAACAACGAUGUCACCACAUCAUCUGCUUUAAGUUAAAAGUUGUGUGAAAAAAAUACGAAAUGGCCUUAUGUUGAUGACUUUUGGCACAUCCAAUCAUUUCCCCACGCGGAUUCAACGCAAUUACAUAUAAUUAUUUUAUGACGUGGAAACAACGUUGAUUCAACCAUUUUUUCCCCCAGUAGGGUGUCUGACAGUAGAUUAUAAUAAAAUAGCUAGAAUAGAACAGAAUAGACUGGAAUACAAUACAAUAGAAUAUCGGUUACAAGCAAAAUAAUUCCCCAACAACAACAGGCAAGAACUGUCACUAUAUAGGGUUGUUAAAGACUUUCACAAUGGUGGGUAUGUGGCAGCGACGACCUAUAAAGAACAAUAAUGGUCAAGGACCAAGGACUCAUCAUUAGGUCGCGCGCUCAUAGAAUGGGACACGACGACGCACUGUCCUCAAAGUCCCCUUCCCAUUCAUGCUGUGGCAGGAGAGACGGGGAGAAAAUAUCCAUCGAGGCACUUAGCUACAGCCAAAGCGAUGGACCACAUGCAUUUCAGAUGCUUACAUUCAGAUGUGGCAACAAUGAUUCUGUAUCACGAAAAUGUAACGAAUACCGAUGUGAAUCGGGCUAUUGCGCACCAAACAGUCACGUAAUGCGUGUUUUAAUCUCAGUAUUUUGUGGUCACCGACUGGCAUAGUUAUUUUUGUCGAGAUAUUUUGAUACCUCCGUGAAAAAGUAUUUUUCUUUCAACAGCAUGCGUUCAGCUUAACAUCCCUGCUGGGGCUAUUAUUGCUUAUUUAAUCAUCAAUCGUUUUAUUUUAUGUUUUUCAAGAACGUGGAGCAGUGUUUUGCAUGAAGUGAUGAAGUCAGAUGCCAAUGCAGUGGAAUCUGAACCCGGUAGAGUACAGCCAGCGCGUGCUGUGGUCGUGGAGCGGAUAAAUGCCAUCGCGUGAAGCGCACCCCCACGAAGAGAACUCCAUGUCUUUCUUGGACUGCUCCUGCAUCUCCCCCACUCAGGUCCAGCCAAUCAGCAUAGAGGACCAGUAUGAGGACGUCAGCCACCAAUACCUGAGCUCUGACGUCUCAGAAUGCACUUUCACCUGGGGUGGUGCAGGCAGCGAUGACAUCACAGCCCUCUCUGCUAACUCCGCCCACUACCAGCUGCUGUCAGAGCUGGGGAAAGGCUUCAACAACCUGAGCCAGGUGCGCAUGGCACGCCACACCCCCUCCCGCCAGCUGGUAGCAGUCAAGAACACCAACCUGGAUGAGUGUACAGAGGAUGAGCUGCUACAGUUGAUGAACGAGGUUCUUCUCUCCAGGCUGUUCCGCCACCCCAACCUGCUGACCUCUCGCCUGGUCUUCAGCUCCUGCUGCCAGCUCUGGGUCCUCACACCACUCAUGGGCUACGGUUCGGCAGAUAGCCUGCUGAGGACGUUCUUCCCUGACGGGAUGAGUGAGUCCCUGAUCGCUUACCUCCUCCAUGGAGUCCUGAAGGCUCUGCAAUACCUGCACCUCAUGGGCUACGUGCACAGGGGAGUGAAGGCCAGUCACAUCCUGCUGUCUGGGGAGGGCCGUGUUUACCUCUCGGGGCUGCACAGUGUUUACAGUAUGAUGCGGGAUGGGAAGAAGGUGAGGACCGUGUUUGACAUGCCCCACCACAGCCCCGCCCUGCUACCCUGGCUCAGCCCAGAGCUGCUACGACAGGACCUGCAUGGCUAUGGGGUGAAGUCAGACAUCUACAGUCUGGGGAUAGUAGUCUGUGAGCUGGUCAGUGGCAGGGUGCCUUUCCAGGACAUGCCCCCUACACAGAUGCUGCUCCAGAAGCUGCGUGGGUCCCACUGCUGCCUGCUGGACGUGGCCCCCUCCCCCCUAGGGGAGCUGGGGGGGCUGAAGGUGUCCCGCUCCGGGGUGGACUCUGGCAUCGGGGAGAGUGUUGCCACGGGCAGCCUGACCCGCACCGCCACCGCCGAAAGACCUCAGAGCCCCGCCCCCAAGAACCACUCGGCCACCCUGCACAACCUGGUCCAGCUGUGUCUGCAACAGCAGCCCGACUGCAGACCCUCUGCUUCUACACUGUUGACCCAUGCCUUCUUCAAACAGGUGAAAAGACAUCAUACCCGGGACUCCUUCCUCAGUCUCAUGUACCCCGCGGUGCCCCUUGGAGUUUCCAGCCCCGAUGACCCCUCUGUGUCCUGCUCCUCUACCCCGUCCUGCCACCCCCCCACCUCCGCCAUCGCUCACCCCACAGAGGAGGUGUGGGACUUCUCCUAACCCUCCCCCCUUUCACCUCUGCCCCCCACAUCCCAAAAUCUGACAACCAAGCCUAACUCAAGACAAUCAAAACGAUCAAAAAACAGCGAGCCCAAACCUUUCUACUGUGCUUUGAUUGGACCUGUCCUACCCACCACUCUGAGCCUUUGUACUGUGUUUUGAUUGGACUUGUCCUACCCACCACUCUGAGACUUUCUACUGUGUUUUGAUUGGACUUGUCCUACCCACCACUCUGAGCCUUUGUACUGUGUUUUGAUUGGACUUGUCCUACCCACCACUCUGAGACUUUCUACUGUGUUUUGAUUGGACUUGUCCUACCCACCACUUUGAGCCUUUCUAAUGUGCUUUGAUUGGACUUGUCCUACCCACCACUCUGAGCCUUUCUAAUGUGUUUUGAUUGGACUUGUCCUACCCACCACUCUGAGCCUUUCUACAAGUUUUCUAGGCUUUUAUAUGUUUGUUUUGAAACUCAAAUAAGGGUCUGCAGGUGGAUGUUUAUUGUCACAAGUCUUGUCCUGGAGGCAGAACUGAGCCAUUUCCCCUUAGAUAGCUGGAAUAGGAGGGCGGGAUUAUUGAAGCUGCUCUGCCUGGAUCAUCCAAUGAGGAUCUCUGUGCCAUGGGUGUGGCUGCCGGUCGACGACAAUGACAACCAAUGACGUUGCAGGACAGUGAGGACACACCCCCUAUGCCAGUGAAAAGACCUAUCACUGGACUCAUAUGGAUCGUACUACGAACAGUAAUGUGAACUAUUUUAGGCUAUUAGACUGUGAAAGGGCAUAGAUAAUAAUGUGUCAGGGUUUGAAGAGGAAGAUAAUAGAUAAUGAUAUGUUAUGGAGUUGGAGAGGUGUGUUGUGUUAAAACACAAGUGUGUGAGCAGAGACGGUACGAGAAUAGCUAGUGUGUUAGUGGAAGUUCUAUGGUUAUCCCUCUAGUCUUGUGAAACCAGCCUGAUCUCGCGAUAGCUCACAUUCCCGAAGUGAAACUAAACGUGAGCUCAGCAGUCCGUCUGAUUGACCAGGCUGCUAUCCCAACCAGGGAAAUCCCUGUGAUCAAAUAAGAACUAUAACACUACCACUACUGUGCUUUGAGACGCAGCUACCCUAUACACGUCCUCCUUGUCAUAAUAAACGUACGGGAGGGUCCUCAAUUGUAUCGUUUUAAUGAAAUCUGUGAACUGUUUAUGAUACAUUUAUGUGGAUUAUUCUGUGAUUGAUGAUUAUGUGUAUGAGAGACAUUUUAUGUAUCAGUGCAUAUCAAACAUGUUAUAGCUGUAUGAGCCUUAUAGAAGUGUUAUAAAUAUAUUCAUUAUCAA